ACCACGGUUAGCCUGGUUCGGCUGCACUGAGCAGGCGAGGGGGGGUCCAUUGAAAGUCGGAAGUUGGUUUUUGGGUUAGUGAAGCUUGACAAGAUGGCAGAAGACAACAGCUACGAGUCAAUGCUCUGUGUAAAGCCAGAGGUUCAUGUUUACCGGAUCCCGCCGCGGGCUUCUAACCGUGGUUAUCGUGCUGCUGACUGGAAGCUGGAUGAACCUGCAUGGAGUGGAAGGAUGAAAAUAACUGCCAAAGGAAAGAUGGCUUUCAUUAAGUUAGAGGAUAAAAACACAGGCGAGCUGUUUGCACAAGCUCCAGUCGAACAGUAUCCAGGUUGUGCAGUUGAAGCAGUAACAGACUCCAGCAGGUAUUUUGUGAUCCGGAUAGAAGACGGCAAUGGACGUCAUGCUUUUAUCGGUCUGGGUUUUGCUGAUCGUGGAGACUCAUUUGACUUUAAUGUUGCUUUACAAGACCAUUUUAAGUGGGUUAAACAAGAAGGUGAGCUUGCAAAACUGGAAGCUUCUCAGAGUGCAGCACCUAAACUCGACCUCAGCUUCAAAGAGGGGCAGACUAUCAAGAUAAGCAUUGGGAACAUCAAGAAAAAGGAAACCGGUGCUGCCAAACCACGGCCCGUGGGUGGUGGCCUGCUCCCUCCUCCACCUGGAGCAAAGGCUGGAGGUAUCCUGCCACCUCCUGGAGCAGCCCAGACAGUCCUGCCUGUACAGGCUAACACUGCUCCUCUGCUAGACUUUGGUUCGCCCAUCCCUGCAUCCCAGCCCAGCUCUGACGUGUGGGGAGAUUUCACGUCUGCGGGUUCCAACUCCAGUACAGAUGCUGUCAAGUCAGGAUGGGUGCAGUUUAGUUGAGUUGUAAGAAAACGUGCAGACACUCAGGUUCCAAACAUUCCACGGACAGGACGAUUGUGGCGAAAGAUUUACUAAAAGAGGGGAAAUGUUAGGAGACUCAUUCGCUGCACUUAUUCUAAAUCCCUCUGUCCAGCAAACUCUGGAAGAACAAACUUUAAAAUGUAUAUAUUUUUACAGUUUUAUUUUUCCCCACACUCUGCUAUGCAGUAGGAUCGAUUUUUCUUUCUUUUUCUUUUUUUUUUUUUUUUUUUUUUUUGCCUUCUAAUCAUUGGGUAACUAUGGAGCUGCAAAUGACCUGUCCAAAAAGGUCGUCUCUUCACACUAACUUAAUCAAAUAUUUCCUCUGUAGCUUUAAAUCAAAUGUUCCCAUAUUUUCUUAGUCAGUCUGUCUAUAAUUAUAUUUGAUUGUGCCUACAUGCUCCUGCUCCCAUCCUAGAAUGAUCGGAUUUCACCAGCACUGCACAACUCAAGGAUUUCUUUGACAUUUUGGAAAAUAGUUGGAGUGUCCCUGUUUUGUUUAGCUGUUUACAAAUAUGUGUUUUCUUCUGCUUAUAACCAUUUCCAUCUCUCUAAUUCUUAUUUUUAGUGCAUCUGCUGAGGCUUUAUUGAUAGUUUAUAAUUAGUUUUACAUUAAAGUUCAUACCCCCUCAUCAUUUUUUAAUCAUAGUGUCGGGGGGAGAAAGUCAUUUUGUCUGUUCAAAAUGUCAGCGUGUUUUGUUGGGGUUUGUCCUUGUCUGCUGCCUUUGUGUGUCUUUGCCUCACUUUUUAAAAUGUGCCUUUUACCCAGCUGAAACCUCCUUACCCGUGUUGAUAAUGACUGUUUGAUUAAGUGCCUUCCUGGAUAAAAAAACAGACUAUAAAUGUACAAAAUGUAAACCUAUGUCCUCUUGUAAAUAAACUAUAUAUUUCAA